AACUGAAAUUACUGAAAUAAACUGCUUGAGGCAUCUGGAAAUGGUUGUUGUUGUGGAGUACAGUACCCAACUAGUAGCUCAAUGCAUUCUGAUGCCUGCACAAAUUGUGAUCUUGCAGUGACAGAAUUCUUGUGUUGGUGUGUCCAGACGUCGGCGUGAUGAGCGGCUGCAUUAUCUUCAUCCAAAAGGAUCUCCGUAUCACGGAGGUGCAGCAAGAAGUGCUAGUCGGGUGCCUCAGCUUCAUCUCCCUCCUCGGCAGUCUAGCCGCUGGCAGAACCUCGGACGCCAUCGGCCGGAAGUGGACCAUCGGCCUCGCCGCCGCCGUGUUCCAGGCCGGCGCGGCCAUCAUGACGUUCGCGCCGUCCUUCGCCGUGCUCAUGACGGGGCGGCUGCUGGCCGGCAUCGGCAUCGGGAUCGGAAUCAUGGUCGCGCCCGUCUACAUCUCGGAGAUCUCGCCGGCUACGCUGCGGGGCACUCUCGCGUCCUUCCCCGAGAUCUUCAUCAGCUUCGGCAUCCUCCUCGGCUACGUCUCCAACCUUGUGUUCGCGGGCCUGCCCGACCACAUCAAUUGGCGGGUCAUGCUCGGCGCCGGCAUCGUCCCGUCCAUCUCCAUCGCGUUCGUCCUGCUGGUCAUCCCGGAGUCGCCGCGGUGGCUGGUGAUGCAGAGCCGGGCUGGCGACGCGCGCGCGGUGCUCGCCAAGGUCUCGGACAGCGAGGAGGAGGCGCAGGAGAGGCUCGCCGAGAUCGAGGAAGCCGCUUGUGCCACUGCUUCAGGCAAGGCAGCGUGGCGGGAGCUCCUGAGGCCGUCGCCGGUGGUCCGCCGGAUGCUGAUCACCGGACUGGGCGUCCAGUUCUUCCAGCAGGCCACCGGCAUCGACGCGCUGGUGUACUACAGCCCCACCAUAUUCCGGGACUCCGGCAUGACGACGGAGAGCCAGCUCCUCGCCGCCACCGUCGCGGUGGGGUUCUCCAAGGUGGCGUUCAUCGUGAUCGCCAUCGUCCUGGUGGACCACGUCGGCCGGAAGCCGCUCCUGUACAUCAGCACGAUCGGCAUCACCGUGUGCCUGGCCGUGCUGGCGGCGUCGCUGGCCCUGCUCGCGCGCGGCGUGCUGCCGACGGGCGCGGCGAUCGGGCUCGCCGUCGCGACGGUGUGCGGCUUCGUGGCCUUCUUCUCGGUGGGGAUCGGGCCCAUCAACAUGGUGCUGAGCUCGGAGAUCUACCCGCUGCGGCUGCGCGCGCAGGCCGUGGGCAUCGGCUUCGCCCUGAACCGGAUGGCCAGUGGCGGCGUGGCCAUGUCGUUCCUCUCCAUCUGCCGCGCCGUGACCGUCGCCGGCGCGUUCACCGCGUUCGCCGUCGUCUCGGCAGCGUCGGUGGUGUUUGUGCACCUGUUCGUGCCGGAGACAAGCGGCAAGACAUUGGAGCAGAUAGAGUCCCUGUUUGGUGGUGGUGGUGGUGUGACGUCCGGUGAGGUGGAGCUCGGCGAUGCCGAGCAUCUUGAGCACAAGAGACUAGUAACGCGCUGAUGAGCAUAUUGGCUCAUUGAUGGUAGACACUGGAAAAGAUGAUAUCAACAGUCUUUUCUCU